AUGUCUGGGGAGUGCCAGGAGCCUGGGCCAGAGGGGCCUGAAGGCGGGUCCCCAGGGUCAGGUGGGUACUCUGGGGCCUUGGGCUCAGGUCAGUGUUCCCAUCCAACCACGCCUGCCCCCUGGAGCCUGCCCCGCUGGAGAGCUUAUGUGGCCGCGGGGGUGCUUUGCUACACCAACCUCCUGAACUACAUGAACUGGUUCAUCAUCGCAGGAGUGCUGUUGGAUGUACAGAAGUUUUUUCGCAUCAGUGACAGCAGUGUUGGUUUGCUUCAGACGGUCUUCACCGUCUGCCUGCUGCUGUCUGCACCUGUGUUUGGCUACCUGGGCGACCGACACAGCCGCAAAGCCACGCUGAGCUUUGGGAUCCUCCUCUGGUCAGGAGCGGGCCUCUCCGGCUCCUUCAUCUCCCCCCGGUAUUCCUGGCUCUUCUUCCUGUCCCGGGGAGUCGUGGGCGCUGGAACUGCCAGCUACUCCACCAUCGCACCCACCAUCCUGGGCGACCUCUUCGUGAGAGACCAGCGGACCCGAGUACUGGCCAUCUUCUACAUCUUUAUUCCUGUUGGAAGUGGCCUGGGCUACGUGCUGGGGUCGGCGGUGAAGGCGCUGACUGGGAGCUGGCACUGGGCCCUCCGAAUUAUGCCCUGCCUGGAAGCUGUGGCCUUGAUUCUGCUCAUCGUGCUGGUUCCAGACCCUCCGCGGGGAGCUGCUGAGAAGCAGAGGCAGGCGGCCCUGGGGGCCCUGAGGAGCAGCUGGUGGGCGGAUGUCAAAUACCUGGGGAGAAACUGGAGUUUUGUGUGGUCCACCCUUGGAGUGACAGCCAUGGCCUUUGUGACCGGAGCCCUGGGCUUCUGGGCCCCCAAGUUUCUGUUCGAGGCCCGUGUGGUGCAUGGGCUGCAGCCUCCCUGCUUCAAGCAGCCGUGUGACAGCAAGGACAGCCUGAUUUUUGGGGCACUGACUGUCGUGACUGGCAUCAUUGGGGUUGUCCUGGGAGCAGAGGCUUCAAGGAGGUACAAGAAAGUCAACCCGCAGGCCGAGCCUCUCAUCUGUGCCUCUAGUCUGCUCGCUGCAGCGCCCUGCCUGUACCUGGCUCUCACCCUGGCUCCGACCACUCUUCUGGCUUCCUACGUGUUCCUGGCCCUUGGGGAGCUGUUUCUGUCCUGCAACUGGGCGGUGGUUGCUGAUAUCCUGCUGUCAGUGGUGGUGCCCAGAUGCCGGGGGACAGCAGAGGCGCUUCAGAUCACAGUUGGCCACAUCCUGGGCGACGCCGGCAGCCCCUACCUUAUUGGACUUAUCUCCAGCGCUCUGCGGGCCAGGUACCCUGACUCCUACCUGCAGCGCUUCCUCAGCCUUCAGAAGAGCUUCCUGUGCUGUGCCUUUGUCAUUGCCCUCGGAGGCGGCUGCUUCCUGCUGACGGCACUGCACCUGGAGAGAGACCAGGCCGAGGCCCAGCAGCCUGGCACAGGGACCCUGGACAGCGAAAACAUAGAGAGCCAACACCUGCUUUCCGGCACAGGGACCUCCACAGAGGACUUCUGAGGGCCCUGCCCUG